AUGAAGGUCACAUUCAAGGACUUGAAGCAACAAAAGUUCACGCUCGAUGUUGAGCCCACCGACCUUGUCUCUGCCGUCAAGCAGAAGAUUGCCGGAGAGAAGGGAUGGGAUCCCAAGGAUCAAAAGCUUAUCUACUCUGGCAAGAUCCUGAAGGACGACGACACUGUCGAGUCCUACAAGAUCGAAGAGAAGGGCUUCGUCGUAUGCAUGGUCAACAAGCCCAAGGCACCCAAGCCCGCCCCCGCCGCUGAGUCCUCCGCGCCCGCCGUCCCCGCGACGCCCGCUCAGCCGGUCGCCGCGACCCCGGCCGCCCCUCCCGCUCCGGCCGCCCAUGCUGCCGCCCCCGCCGCUGCUCCCGCCACGCCUACCCCCGCUGCCAGGACCGCGGGCGGCGAUGCCGGAAACACUGACCCGUCGAUGGCCAUGGGCGCCCAGCGCCAGGAGGUGAUUGCGAACAUGGAGGCCAUGGGUUUCGAGCGCGCUCAGAUUGACGCCGCUAUGCGUGCCGCCUUCUAUAACCCCGACAGAGCCGUCGAGUACCUGCUUAACGGCAUCCCCGACAACGUCCAGGAAGAGCAGCAGCAGCGACAGGCUGCCGCCGCCGCCCAGCCUGCCCAGCCCCCCGCUGGUGCGCCCGCCGCCGGCACCGACGACGACGGAAACGUCAACCUCUUCGACCUUGCUGCCCAGGCUCGUGGUGGUAGCGGCGGUGGACGUGGCGCCGCGGCCGGUGGCAACACUCAGGCUGCCGCCGCCGCCGCCGCCGCCGCGGCUGCUGCUCAGGGCGGUUUCGGCAACCUGGACUUCCUCAGAAAUAACGCUCAGUUCCAGCAGCUGCGCCAGGUCGUCCAGCAACAGCCCCAGAUGCUGGAACCCAUUCUUCAGCAACUCGGCGCUGGUAACCCCCAGCUCGCUCAGCUGAUCGCCAACAACCCCGACCAGUUCCUGCAGCUCCUUGGCGAGGAGGUUGACGAUGACGUUCCUCUGCCCCCCGGCGCCCAGGCCAUCCAGGUUACCGAGGAGGAGCGCGACGCCAUUGAGCGGUUAUGCCGUCUUGGCUUCGACCGAGACGCUGCCAUCCAGGCCUACUUUGCCUGCGACAAGAACGAGGAGCUUGCGGCAAACUUCUUGUUCGACCAGCCCGACGACGACGACGCGCCCCAGAACUAA